AUGGCUAGAACUGAUCGGAGACAAAGAGGUGCCAACAGAGGGACUCAGAAUGCCUCUGCAGCAGAUCCAACGAUUGUCAUAGGCAUAGACUUCGGAACCACCUUCUCCGGUGUCGCUUGGGCUCGCUCAAGCCGGCCAGAACAGAUCAAUAUUAUUACGAGCUGGAAAUCUCGCUUCAACUUCAACAGCGACAAAGAAAAAGUGCCCACCGUCAUCUCUCGCGAAGAGAAAGAAGGUGCUCCUCUUUGGGGCUAUGUCGCUCCGCUGGGAUCAGCCUCUCUCCAAUGGUUCAAGCUCUGCCUUCUCGACAAAGAAGAUAUUCCGGAAUAUCAGAGAAGAUCAGAACAUCUGAGAACCGCAAUAAAGUCACUAAAAAAGUCCAACACCCAUGUUGUGGAUGUUAUCAGCGACUACCUACGAGAGCUGUGGCAGUAUACCAUUAGCUGCAUUGAGCGAGCUGAGGGAGCAUCAAUAGUCGAAGUCUCCGCGUUCAAAGUGGUUGUCACUCUGCCGGCUAUCUGGCCUGCAUAUGCUCAGUUUCGGAUGAAAGAGGCGAUUGAAAAAGCAGGGAUUCUGAACAUUCGCGGUGUCUUCGAUACUGAGCUGGAGUUUAUCUCAGAGCCUGAAGCGGCCGCCCUAGCUGCUCUGCAAGAUCUGUCUGAUAGAGCAGAUAUGGUGCCCGGUGAUCAUUUCGUCGUCUGUGACGCUGGCGGAGGUACUGUCGAUGUGAUUACCUAUACCAUCGUCAGUAAAACCCCAAUGAGAGUUAAAGAAAGCGUUAGGGGAGAUGGAAAGCUCUGUGGCGCUACGUUUGUGGACGAGCGUUUCCGAGAUCUCCUUCGACAAAAGAUUCCUUUGAGUACUUGGGAAAGACUUGGGGAAGAUGGAAUAGCUCGUCUUAUGAAUAAUGAAUGGGAAAACGGCAUCAAGCCGCAGUUCAGCAACGAUGGUCGCAAGUGGUCCAUACAAGCCCCCGUCAGUUCACGGAAGAGAGAUCACGAGCAAUACAUUUCUUCGGAUAUCAGCAUACACAAUCAUGAAAUUGUCAAUGUGUUUCAGCCGAUAACCAGCCAAGUUGUGGAACUUGUAGCAGCUCAAGUUAACGAAGUCAAGAGGCGGUACAAGAAGCAACCCAAGUUUGUGAUCUUGGUUGGUGGUUUUGGAAGAUGCCACUAUCUAUAUAACUGCUUGGUUGAAAGUCUCAGAGGCAAAAUAGAGAUUUUACAGAGCUCUGGAGCACGGCCCUGGACAGCAGUCUGUCGCGGUGCGGCCAUCAGAGGACUUGAACAAUCCGAUGGUGCAACUGAAUCUGCGAUUUGUUCAAGAAUCGCAAGAGCUAGUUACGGCACAAUGUGCAACGUCAUCCCAUGGAGCGAGAAAGACCACAGUAUUCAAGACAGAGAGUGGUGCCCAAUCGCGCGAGUGUACAUGGCCGCCGACCAAGCCUCCUGGUUUCUUCGUAUUGGCGAGACCAUAACCGUGGGCAAAUCUAUUGAACUGGGGUUCAGCCAAGACUUUGAAUCACCAGCCAGCGAAAUCGUAACAAAUCUCAUUUACUCCAACAGCUUCCAACCAUCAGAACGAUGCGAUGAGACGGUCAAAGAGCUUUGCCAGUUACGCUGGUCGAGGAUCCCCAAAUUCGACGAUCUCCCUACAUGGAUGAAUAACAAGGGCCGCGUCAUCAGGCGACUCUCUUAUGUGAUCAAGAUGACUUCCAACGGCGUCUCCUUGGAUUUCGAGAUUUCACAUGACGACAAGAUUGUCGCCUCAAAGAACGUCGCGGCUGAUUAUAGCGAGAGCGGCACCGCGGCACAUCGGCAUGCAGCCCAACUUGGCGAGGACAAUAGUGGCACCUAUGUGCCUCCUGGAAAGGGGCUAGGAGGCUGGGACGACGAAUUCAGUGAUGAAUGA